AUGGCCUUCGUUCGCCCGUUCAAGCCUGAGGAUACCCAGGACUGCAAGUUCAUUUGCCGGGACACGCUGCCUCCAAGCCUGCAGUCGUCCGAGGGGGGGAUCCGCGCCGCGCCGUAUCUCUGGCUGCUGCAGUUCACGCACCUAUUCCCCGAGAACUGCUUCGUGCUCGACGACGGGGAGGGCAAGACGGUCGGCUACGUCAUCGGGGUGCCCGACGUGUACGCGUUCGCCGAGGCGUACCCGCGCUACGUGGCCGAGGUGCUAGGCAGCGAGCAGGGCCGCGCCGACGUGCCGGUGCCGCGCCAGCUCGCCACGCGCGAGCCGUCGACCGUCGCGGACCCGGCCACCGGGAACCCCGCCCUCAACGUCGACGCCCUCGCCCAGGAGGCCUACAACUUCGACUGGCUCGUCUGGGGCAACGCCGACAAGCGCGCCCUCAACGCCGCCUACCGGUCCGUCCUGCACAUCAACUUGCUCGCCCCGUUCCGCGGCCAGGGCUGGGGCCGCAAGAUGAUCGACGCCUUUGCCCAGAGCGUGCGCCGGUCGGCUGCGGACGUGAAGGACGACGAAGGCAAGCCCCGCUACAGCUACGGCAGGGGCAUCCACCUCGGCAUCUCGGGCGAGAACACAAAGGUCGUGCCCUUUUACGAGCGCGUCGGGUUUAGGGUCUACCCCGGCGGCGAGAAGAUCAACAAUGUGUGGAUGGUCAUGGACCUGUAG